CUCGGGGCCCCCGGUCCGGCCGCCCCGGCCUCGGCUCCCGCGGGGGACACCAUGUACUGGCUGGCGGCGCAGGGAGGCCGGCGCCCGGCGGGGAUGUUGGGUUAACGGCAUGGAGAACAGCUACCCCCCCCACCACCAGCACCAGCAGCCCCCGCCGCAGCCCGGCCCUUCGGGCGAGAGGAGGAACCACCAUUGGAGAAGUUACAAGUUGAUGAUCGACCCGGCCCUCAAGAAGGGGCACCACAAACUGUACCGCUACGAUGGGCAGCACUUCAGCCUGGCGAUGUCCAGCAACCGCCCGGUGGAGAUCGUCGAGGAUCCCCGGGUCGUCGGGAUCUGGACCAAAAACAAGGAGCUGGAGCUGUCGGUGCCCAAAUUCAAGGUCGAUGAGUUCUACGUGGGCCCGGUGCCUCCGAAGCAGGUGACAUUUGCCAAGCUGAAUGAUAACAUCCGAGAAAACUUCCUGAGGGACAUGUGCAAGAAGUAUGGGGAGGUGGAGGAGGUGGAGAUUCUGUACAACCCCAAGACCAAGAAGCACCUGGGGAUUGCUAAGGUGGUCUUCGCCACCGUCAGGGGGGCCAAGGAGGCGGUCCAGCACUUGCACAGCACUUCAGUCAUGGGCAACAUCAUCCACGUGGAGCUGGACACCAAAGGGGAGACCCGCAUGCGGUUCUAUGAACUGCUGGUCACGGGCCGGUACACCCCCCAGACCCUCCCUGUGGGCGAGCUGGACGCUGUCUCUCCCAUCGUGACCGAGACCCUGCAGCUGUCAGAUGCCCUGAAGCGCCUCAAGGAUGGCAGCCUGUCUGUGGGCUGUGGUUCCGGCUCCUCCUCUGUGACCCCCACCAGCGGGGGGACACCCUUCUCCCAGGACACGGCUUACUCCAGCUGCCGCCUGGACACACCCAACUCCUACGGACAGGGCACCCCUCUCACACCGCGCCUAGGCACCCCCUUCUCGCAGGACUCCAGCUACUCCAGCCGCCAGCCCACACCCUCCUACCUCUUCGGCCAGGACCCCACAACAACUUUCAAGGCCCGGCGCCAUGAGAGCAAGUUCACGGACGCCUACAACCGCCGCCAUGAGCAUCAUUACGUGCACAAUUCUGCAGCCACCGCGGUGGCCGGGACCACGGCCUCCUUCCGGGGCUCUUCCGACCUCCCUUUCGGGGCAGUGGGAAGCAGUGGGGGCAGCAGUGGCCCUCCCUUCAAGGCCCAGCCACAAGAUUCAGCCACGUUUGCCCACACACCACCUCCUGCCCAAGCUACUCCCGCUCCCGGAUUCAAAUCGGCGUUCUCUCCGUAUCAGACCCCUGCGCCUCCCUUCCCUCCACCCCCCGAGGAGCCCACCGCCACCGCCACCUUUGGGACCCGUGACAGCGGAGAGUUCCGGAGGGCUCCUGUGCCCCCACCUCUGCCACCCUCGGAGCCCCCUGCCAAGGAGAAGCCAGGCACGCCACCCGGCCCACCACCCCCUGACACCAACAGCAUGGAGCUGGGCGGCCGGCCCACCUUUGGCUGGAGUCCUGAGCCCUGUGACAGCCCCGGCACCCCCACGCUGGAGUCGUCCCCCGCAGGCCCCGAGAAGCCACACGACAGCCUGGACUCGCGCAUCGAGAUGCUGCUGAAGGAGCAGCGCACCAAGCUGCCCUUCCUGCGGGAGCAGGACUCGGACACGGAGCUGCAGAUGGAGGGCAGCCCCAUCUCCUCCUCCUCUUCCCAGCUCUCGCCGCUGGCCACCUUUGGCACCAACUCCCAGCCCGGCUUCCGGGGCCCCACCCCACCCUCCUCGCGCCCCUCCAGCACCGGCCUGGAGGACAUCAGUCCUACACCACUGCCUGACUCUGACGACGAUGACGAGCUGGACCUGGGCCUGGGGCCACGGCCCCCACCUGAGCCGGGCCCGCCGGACCCCGCCGGUCGUCUGGGCCAGACGGCUGAGGUGGCCUUGGACCUGGCAGGAGACAGGACCCCGACUUCAGAGAAGAUGGAUGAGGGCCAGCAGUCCUCCGGCGAGGACAUGGAAAUCUCAGAUGACGAGAUGCCUUCGGCCCCCAUCACCAGCGCCGACUGCCCCAAGCCCAUGGUGGUGACCCCAGCGGCUGCGGCCGUGGCGGCCCCCUCGGUGCUGGCCGCCAGCCUGCCGCUGCCCCCGCCGCCCGGCUUCCCGCCGCUGCCGCCGCCGCCACCGCCGCCGCCCCCACAGCCCGGCUUCCCCAUGCCGCCGCCCCUGCCGCCGCCGCCUCCGCCACCGCCCCCGACGCACCCGGCGGUGACCGUGCCCGUGCCGCCGCCCCCGCUGCCCGCGCCGCCGGGGGUGCCGCCGCCGCCCAUCCUGCCGCCGCUGCCGCCCUUCCCGCCGGCGCUGUUCCCGGUGGUGCAGGUGGACAUGAGCCACGUGCUGGGCGGCCAGUGGGGCGGCAUGCCCAUGUCUUUCCAGAUGCAGACCCAGAUGCUGAGCCGCCUGAUGACCGGCCAGGGCGCCUGCCCCUACCCGCCCUUCAUGGCGGCCGCCGCCGCCGCCGCCUCAGCCGGCCUGCAGUUCGUGAACCUGCCGCCCUACCGCGGCCCCUUCGCGCUGGGCGGUGCGGGCCCCGGCCGCGGCCAGCCCUGGCCGCCGCUGCCCAAGUUUGACCCGUCCGUGCCGCCGCCGGGCUACGUGCCGCGCCAGGAGGACCCGCACAAGGCCACGGUGGACGGCGUGCUGCUCGUGGUGCUCAAGGAGCUCAAGGCCAUCAUGAAGCGAGACCUGAACCGCAAGAUGGUGGAGGUCGUGGCCUUCCGGGCCUUCGACGAGUGGUGGGGCAAGAAGGAGCGCCUGGCCAAGGCCUCACUGACCCCCGUGAAGUCGGGCGAGCACAAGGACGAGGACCGGCGGAAGCCCAGGGACCGAGUGGCCUCGUGCCUGCUGGAGUCGUGGGGCAAGGGCGAGGGCCUGGGCUGCGAGGGCCUGGGCCUGGGCAUUGGACUGCGCGGGGCGAUCCGCCUGCCCUCCUUCAAGGUCAAAAGGAAGGAGCCUCCGGAGGCAGCCUCGUCUGGGGACCAGAAGCGGCUCCGGCCUUCGACCUCUGUGGAUGAGGAGGACGAAGAAUCCGAGCGGGAGCGAGACCGGGACAUGGCCGACGCCCCGUGCGAGCUCGCCAAGCGGGACCCCAAGGGCGUGGGUGUGCGGCGGCGGCCGGCGCGGCCACUGGAGCUGGACAGUGGCGGGGAGGAGGACGAGAAGGAGUCCUUGUCGGUGUCUUCGUCCUCGUCGGCGUCCUCCUCCUCGGGGUCCUCGACCACCUCACCCUCGUCCUCGGCCUCUGACAAGGAGGAGCAGCGGGACAGCACCGAGGAAGAGGAGGAGGAGGAGGAGGCAGAAGUGGAAGAGGAGGAAGAGGAGGAGGAGGAGGAAGGUGGCCCCAGGAGCCAGAUCUCUUCUUCCUCAACCUCAUCCACGUCAGACAAGGACGACGAUGACAGCGAGGACCGGGACGAGUCUGAGAUUGACGACGAGGACACAGCCCUGUCGGCAGCCAGCGAGAAGGACGAAGGGGACUCUGAUGGAGAGGAGACUGUGAGCGCCGCCACGUCCAAGGCCGAGGCUGAGUCCUCCAGCGAGAGCUCCGGGUCUUCUGAGUUCGAGUCAAGCUCCGAGUCCUCAUCCGAGUCCUCAGAAGACGAAGAGGAGGUGGCGGCAGGCGAAGAAGAGGAAGAAGAGGAAGAGGAGGAGGAGGAGGAAGAAGAAGAGGAGGCAGAGGAGGUGGCAGGGCCAGAGGAAAGCUUGGCUCCCCCAGGUGCUGACAGCUUUGAGGAGGCUGGCGAGGAGGAGUCUCUGGCCCCGGGGGCUCCUGCCAUGGAAUCACUGGGCACGGAAGAGGAGGUGGACAUUGAGGCGGACGAUGAAGCCCCCGAGGAGCCUGCCCCCAUGCCGGAGGAGCCCCUCUUGCCUGUGGGCACUGAGGAGCUGACGGACUGCAAGGAGCCCCCAGAGGAGCCGGGUCUGAACCAGGAAGGGCCCAUGGUACUGUCUCCAGAGCCCCAGGCGGUGGAGACAGAGGCCCGGCCGCCGUCGUCCCCUGAGCUCCCGCCAGAGGACAACCUGGAAGUGGAGCCUGCACCCCCUCCCGCGCUCUCCUUGCCUCUGCAGCCACCGUUGCCACCCCUCCGGCCACCCCGGCCACCCAGUCCACCACCGGAGCCUGAGACCCCAGACCCUCCACACCCACCCGCCCCCUUGGAGCCUCUGCCCGAGGACCAGCCCCCGCGUACUCCAGGCCUCUGUGGCAGCCUGGCCAAGUCACAGAGCACAGAGACAGUGCCAGCCACGCCAGGCGGGGAGCCCCCGCUGUCAGGGGGCAGCAGCGGCCUGUCCCUGAGCUCCCCACAGGUGCCUGGCAGCCCCUUCUCCUACCCAUCCCAGUCGCCGAGCUUGGGCAGCGGGAGCCUCCCACGGACACCUGGCCGGGACUUUAGCUUCACGCCCACCUUCCCUGAGCCCGGCGGGCCCUUGCUCCUGCCAGUCUGUCCUCUCCCAACUGGCCGGCGCGAUGAACGCUCUGGCCCCCUGGCCUCCCCGGUGCUCCUGGAGACAGGCCUACCCCUCCCUCUGCCCCUGCCCCUGCCCCUGCCCCUGGCAUUGCCUGUUCCUGUCCUACGUGCCCAGACUCGGGCUCCAACCCAGCUGCCACCCCUGCUGCCUGCUCCCCUGGCUCCUUGCCCUUCCCCCAUGAAAAGGAAGCCGGGCCGGCCCCGGCGGUCCCCACCAUCCAUGCUGUCCUUGGAUGGGCCCUUGGUCCGGCCACCAGCAGGGCCCACCCUGGGAAGGGACCUUUUGCUCCUGCCAGGCCAGCCACAGACCCCUGUCUUCCCCAGCACCCACGAUCCCCGGGCUGUGACCCUGGACUUCCGGAACACGGGGAUCCCGGCCCCACCCCCGCCCCUCCCGCCCCAACCUCCCCCACCCCUGCCUCCACCACCCAUUGAGCCCACCAAGCUGCCCUUCAAGGAGCUAGACAACCAGUGGCCCUCUGAGGCCAUCCCACCAGGCCCCCGUGGGCGCGAUGAGGUUCCCGAGGAGUACAUGGAGCUGGCCAAGGCUCGGGGGCCAUGGCGCCGGCCUCCCAAGAAGCGCCACGAAGACCUGGUGGCUGCGUCUGUCUCACCCGAGCUCUCGCCACCCCAGCCCCUCUUCCGGCCCCGCUCCGAGUUUGAGGAGAUGACCAUCCUGUAUGACAUCUGGAACGGUGGCAUUGACGAAGAGGACAUCCGCUUCCUGUGUGUCACCUACGAGCGGCUGCUGCAGCAGGACAACGGCAUGGACUGGCUCAAUGACACACUCUGGGUUUACCACCCCUCCACCAGCCUCUCUUCAGCUAAGAAAAAGAAACGGGACGAUGGCAUCCGUGAGCACGUGACGGGCUGUGCCCGCAGCGAGGGCUUCUACACCAUCGACAAGAAAGACAAGCUCAGAUACCUCAACAGCAGCCGCGCCAGCACCGACGAGCCCCCUGCCGACACCCAGGGCAUGAGCAUCCCCGCACAGCCCCACGCCUCCACGCGGGCCGGCUCGGAGCGGCGUUCGGAGCAGCGCCGCCUGCUGUCCUCCUUCACUGGCAGCUGCGACAGUGACCUGCUCAAGUUCAACCAGCUCAAGUUCCGGAAGAAAAAGCUCAAAUUCUGCAAGAGCCACAUUCACGACUGGGGCCUGUUCGCCAUGGAGCCCAUCGCGGCCGACGAGAUGGUCAUCGAGUAUGUGGGCCAGAACAUCCGCCAGGUGAUCGCGGACAUGCGGGAGAAACGCUAUGAGGACGAGGGCAUCGGCAGCAGCUACAUGUUCCGGGUGGACCACGACACCAUCAUCGACGCCACCAAGUGCGGCAACUUUGCGCGCUUCAUUAACCACAGCUGCAACCCCAACUGCUACGCCAAGGUGAUCACGGUGGAGUCGCAGAAGAAGAUCGUCAUCUACUCGAAGCAACACAUCAGCGUCAACGAGGAGAUCACCUAUGACUACAAGUUCCCCAUUGAGGACGUCAAGAUCCCCUGCCUGUGCGGCUCCGAGAACUGCAGGGGGACCCUCAACUAGCCCCGCCCGGCGCCCACAUGUCGGCCGGGGCCAGCCCCAGCUCCCGCCUCAUUUCAGGUGCUGUCCCUCUCCCCCUGUGGCCCCUCCAGGGCCCGGCGCCCCAACACUACCCCAGGACACCCCCUGCAGCUCCAGCCUCUCCGCGGGAAAGGGCUUCUCUGUCCGUCAGCCCACGUCUCUUCGUUUCCAGAAUUGCUCCUCUGAGGAUCGUCCUUGGCCAUGAACUUCUGUCUCUGUGUCUCUGACUCCCACACCCAGUCCCUCCCCUCCGGCUUUCUCCAUCUUUUCUCUGUCUGUACCCUCAGCCCCUUCCCGUGAAUGCUGCUACGUUGUUUUUGUCUUCUCUUUAUUUUCGUCCUCGUCGUAAGAAGAGACAUUUUAACCGUUGAAAUGUGAAGGCAGAAUCAGAGCGGGGCCUCGGUUCCACGACCGGGGUGCUGGCCAGGUGCUGCGGGCAGGGGCCGCCAGCGGCCGUGACCUCAGAACACUACGUACCUGCCAGGCCCCCUCUGCCCGCCACGCAGCGAGGAGCCCCCCAGCCUUCUCCACCCACUCCCCAGUCUCUUCCCCGAGCUGCUGGAGGAGCCAUCCAGUCCCAGGCAGGAGUGCGCCAUGGGCUCCCUGCUCCCCACCCCCCCAAACCUUGGGUUCAAUGUUUACUUUUUCAUUCGGAUGCCAGCAGCGAGGGAGCCCCCGGGGACCCCAGACUGGGUGCGGGGGCUGGGAGGGGCUGGUGAGCUGCCCGUGCCCGCCCCGCCACUGCAGUGGAGUGAAGCUCCACGCCCCCGGCCCAGCGUCGACCCUGCCAGGCCAGAGCAUAUUUAUUUUCUGAGUGAGCAGCUUAUUCCUCCCAGAGAAAGCAGAAUCUUGGAGAGAAGAUUUGAAAACUCAGAUCCAAGGCUUUGACAGUUUUUUCCCUUUUGACCCCUUCCAUCCUCUUCAGGGUUUAUAUCCGUGGAUUUUUUUUCCUUAUGCGUGUGUAAAAUCCAGACGAAGGGGAAAACGAUGGGUUUGGCAGUUCAGCCGCAGCCCCUGUACCUAGACUGCCGCGAAGGACUCCGGGGCACGUUGUUUCUUGUGGAAACAGAUGGGGGGCUUAGGCCUCAUUUCUUCGUACUUCCGGGAAAAACCACGACAGGCGCACGAGCGCGAGUCCCCCGGCCCCGGCGAGCAGCGCAGGCGUGUACAUAGUCUCUGGAACGUGACUGGUGACCGGCGGCUCCAGGACGAGAGGCCCCGCGGCGCGGCUCCUACCCGUGGACAGACGCGCGGCCUCUGCUAUCUCAGCUUGUGUCAAGCUUGUAUCAUGUAAAUUCUGUACAAAGAAUUGUUAUUUUUCUCUUUUUUUUUUGUCGUUGGUGGUUUUGUUGGUUUUUUUUUUUUUUUUUUCCAGUUCACCCCAGACCCUCUCGGGUUGGAGACCGAGCCCGCCGGUUUCAAGGCGAGGAAGUCGGUGGCAUUAGGAUGCGAUGGGGUGUGGGGUCCCUGGCACCGCGGCAACCUUCUCUUCCACGUGCGGUUCUUUGCCUAAUUGUGCAACCGAGGAAAUAUUUAUUUUUCACACAAGGAAAUGUGUAGUUGGCAGAGACUUCAUUCUCACCCCUCCCCUCCCCCCAGGAAAGAAAGAAGUGGGGGGGAGGUGAGGAAACCAGGGGAGGGGCCGGCCUCGCCCCACCACACUGGGGCCACUGUUAACUUCCCCAAGGGCCAGGGGCUGGGCCCCCUCCCCGGAACCCCGCCCCUACCCAGAAUGGUUUGCAAUAAUCUAGAAGAGUGUUGGCUCAUUUUUCUUUCAACUCUUUGUUUGCAUUGAACAAAGCUCUGCUUUUGAAGGUUAGGGGUUUCUGCUCUGCCCCCCGCCCCCUGCAAAGAAGAGAAGAGAUGAAAUCUAGGGAUGUUUGUGUGUAGACUCUGUCACCGUAUGUAACUUGUUUUGAAGAGAAGUGUUUCCGUUGUGGGUGUGUGUUGCUGUAAAUAUUUGUUCAUAUUUUUGUGAAUUCAAUACUAUGUACCAUUGUAUUAUAGUAACUUUUAUAAAGCAAACCAUAAAUACACUGACUUUUCUUACA